AUGCGGAUUUUUCCUGAAGAUGACGAGAUUAAAGCCUCCAAGCUAAUAAAAUUAUGGGUUGGCGAAGGAUUUUUGAAACCAUCGAUAGCUAAAACCUUGGAUGAGGUUGCAGAGGAAUACUUGAGAAACCUUAUUGACAGGAAUCUGAUUUUGGUUCGUGAAUGGAAGGAUGUAGGGAAGAGAGCUAAAACAUGCGGCAUUCAUGAUCUUUUAAGGGACCUAUGCUUGAGACAGUCUCGAAAAGAAUGUAUGAUUUGUGUCCCAAAAGCGCAAUGUAUUGAUUUUGAGGGCGAGGUCAAUGACGAUUGUUUCAUAUGUAGUUCUUGUGCCAAAGUCCAAAGGAUGGAUCUCCCUCAAGUUCAGGUUGCCUCACAAUCAACAUCUCUUUCAAGCAUUUUAGUGUGCAACGACUGUAGGAUUAUGUAUCCGAAUCUUAUUAGAUUGAGAUUAUUGAGGGUGAAAGCAGUUUCCCAUAUGGGCGUUGAUAUAGACUUUCAGUAUCCCACUAAAUUGCGCUACCUUUAUAUGAACAAUGUGAUGCCGUUGAACUUUGAACCUACAAUAUCUUUGUUGUGGAACCUACAAACUUUAAUUUUGAGUUUUCCCAUUGGAGCAAAUCUCCCGUCUGAAAUUUGGGAUAUGCCACAACUUAGGCAUCUAAUUUCAGACGGACAUUUUGAUUUACCUCACCCAGUAGUUACCGAAAAUUCAAUGAUCAUGGAGAACCUACAUACGCUUGCUAAUUUUCAAAAUUUUAGGUGUACAAUUGAUUUCCUUGAUAGAGUUCCAAAUCUUAAGAAACUGGGAAUUAUUCGCUAUGAAAAAAGUAGCAGUGGUCUAGAAAAUCUUGCUCGCCUACAGAAACUUGAAUCACUUUAUCUUUUUGAGAAAAAUGUGUCGCUAUUGGCAAACAUCACCUUCCCCACUUCACUCAAGAAAUUGAGUUUGUCAAAUUGUUGUAUUCCUUGGGAGGAGAUGACGGUUUUUGGUUCUGUUUUGCCCAAUCUUGAAAAGCUUACAUUGUACCGUAAUGCAUUCAAGGGAGCUGAGUGGAGUCCAGUUGAAGGACAAUUUCCUCGAUUGAAAGUCUUAAUCAUAGUAUGCAAUGACCUGGUGAGGUGGAGAGCAGAAAGUAUACACUUCCCCAAUCUUGAGAGACUUCAUCUUGAGUCUAUGGAGUGCUUGGAGGAGAUCCCUUCGGGUAUUGGAGAUAUACCCACGCUCCUCUCAAUUCAUCUCUGGAAAUGCAGUGAUUCUUCCGUCAAUUCGGCAAAGCAAAUAUAG